GUCUGUCGAUAUAAAUACGUUUUAUAUAUCCAAUUUCACUAGUCUAUAGUCACAUAUAGUCUUAAUAAUAUAGUUUCAUUUAUUUAUUGUAAUGACGCAGAUGUAAAAAUCAGAUCUACAUAAUGAUUAGUAACUCCCACAGGUAUUGUUCAGUGAGGGAGUGUAAAAAUUAUGUAUCAGACAAUGUAUCCAUGCAUAGCUUUCCACAAGACACAAAUUUAGCAAAGGAAUGGAAAAUCAAACUGAAAAUCAGUAAACCGAUUACCAAAUUUAUGUGUGUUUGCAGUGAACAUUUUAAGGCUGAUGAUUUUACUCUAAAUACCAGAAAUAGGAAGUUGAAAAGGCUGAAGAAAGGAGUUAUUCCAUCUCAGAAAAUUCCCAAAGGAAUGACCAUUGAAAACAAAAAACCAAGGAUAGGUUCAUCCAGUAGGACAAGGUCAAGAGGCUCUAGUGAUAAUCUCAAUAAGGAUAAGAAAAGGAGGGCAGCAGUUCAACCUAGAUCAGAAAUUGAAAUGGUAGAUGAAGUUACCUCUCACAAGACGAGACAACCUCGAAGACAACUUACUCAGUACCAAGAACGAAGUACUAAUACAUUGAAUGUAUUUGUUGACAGAGGAGUGCAAACAAGUUUUCCUAUUUAUAAUUCAGCAGAUGUGAUGAAUUCCAACUACAGUAUGAAAUGUUUCACUGGGGUUGAUGUAACGCUUAUAAAUACUCUUGUAGACUGUAGCAUUAAUGCUUUAACUUUCAAUUCUGAAGACAUUCCCGAUAACCUCAAAUUGAGAAUUGUGUUGGUGUUAUUUAAACUGAAGCAUAAUCUGUCUUUUGAGUGCCUAGCUAUUAUGUUCAAUUUACCAAAAACCAUUUGUACAGGAUAUUUUUAUUCAACUUUGUCACUUCUUGCAAUUGUUUUGAGACCUAUUGUGAAAUGGCCCACGAGAGAAGAAAUACAAGCCAACACGCCAGGUUGUAUAAAAAAAUUUGAAAACACCAGAGUAGUGCUGAAAUGCAUUGACAUAACAGUUCAAAAAAGCAAGAUAUUGACUGACAGUCAAAAAAGUUAUUUGCAUUGCAAAAACACUCUCAUCCUGAAAAUUCUAACAGGGAUCACACCAUCAGGUUUAAUAGCCUAUGUUGGUCCUUGUUACGGGGAAAGGACUAGUGAUAAAGCAGUUUCCAGUGCAGAAGACAUUACAUUCAUAUUGGACCCACAUGAAGGAGUAAUUGUGAACAAAGGUUUCUCGAAUGAGGAGGAAUGUGAAGACUAUCUAGUUAAACUCAAUCAGCCCUCAUUUCUAGAUAAGAAAAAACAUUCCUCUAAGAAAGAAUCUACUUAUACUACUUUUACCCCAAAUUCUCCAAGAACGCCAAUUCAUGUAGAUAGAGCAAUUCAGAAAAUGAAAUCAUUCAAAAUCAUUUCAUCCCAGAUUGAAUGGUUUAUGAUUCCUCACAUGGAUGAUGCGAUGACAGUUAUCGCAGGUUUGCUAAACUUGUCUCCACCUAUUCUUUCCAGUGAGACUUUUUGAAUGAAAUUAGUCAAGAAAGGUUUACAUAUUAAAAAGAAUUUAUGUAUAUGAGAAAAAAGAACCGGACCCAGUAUCGACCCUUGUGGUACUCCACAUAGUACAGUCCCACCAAAGCUAGCAUCUUCUCCCAUAUAUACAAACAGCCGUCUGUCUAGGAGUUUAUUAUGGGCUCCACUGAUAAUGGACUAUACGGCCCUAUGAAGUCAAACUGUCUGGAUGUGAAGAUAGCAUUUCUUUCUGGAUCAUUUACAGCCGCAAAUUCUUGAUGUCGACUCGAAGUCACUACAAGUUUCUGAAAGUAAGUCCCCUACUGGACUACUUGCAACGCCGACUUCAAACCCAGCCCCCCCUCAACAUAAAAAAUCGGGUAAUAAAAGGAAAGGACUAGACAUUACUGAGCAUUUAGUGCGACUAGCGACAGAAUAGUUCAAGGGGCCUGAGACCGAAGAGGACAUUAUGGCCAAGGGGUGGGCUAUGAUAUUGAAAAAAGUACCUCCGGAUCAAAUUUUAUGUCAAAAAUGGAAUUAAGUACUCAAAAACACUUGAAACGUUGACAAUGGCAUACGGUGAUUGCCAGAAAAAUGUUUACCAGUCGUACAUUUUCACAGAACGUCGAGAAGAUGUGAAUGACGACGCUCGCCCUGGAUGCCCCAGCACAUCAACAACCGAUGAAAAUGUUGAGUAAGUUAAGAAAAUUGUUAUGGAGAUUCGUCGAAUCACUAGAUAUGAAACUUGUGGCAGUGAAGUUCGUUCCAAAAUUACCAAAAGUUACCAAAAAAACCGACGCAUGAACGUCAACGAGGAAUUCUUGAACGACGUCAACGGCGAUCCAGAUUUCGUAAUUUUUUUGCCAAAAAUAUCAUCGCUGAGAGAGCUCAAGGACAUACCCAAAAGUGCAUAUCAGAACUACUUCCAGGAUUGGAAAAUACGCUGGCACAACAAGUAUAUAUAUCUUUGAAGGGGACAAAAUAGAAAUUGAUGAUAAAUAAAUAAUUUUUUGAGAAAAAUGAAAAUUCACCUUAUUUUUCGAACAAACCUCAUCGUCAACUAAGAUCAAAAUUUGUCUAUUUUCUUGAUUAAUUAUUAUUAGUUCCCUGUA